CUUCCUCUCCUACAUCACCGUCACAAUACACCGCCAGCCAAACAAUCUCAUCUACACCACUCCCGAGCCUCCUGAUCGCCGAGACUGUGUACAACCUCAACUUGUCUUUUUUUUCCUUUCUCCUCAGCCAAAAGUUUGCUUCUCCUAUACCAGUCCCCGGCGGCCCGACGCCCCGGCAGCGGUUGUUUGUGCCUGCGCUUGGGUGCAUAUUCUGCCAUUCAGCUCACUUUCUACUCCCAUCGAGCCUACCCACUCCCAUCGAGGAGUCGCCAAAAAAAGAAGCGCCAUGUCCUCCUCGAACCCGUCGCAGCUCUUCCUCCUCGCCGAUCACAUCAAGCUAUCCCUCCUCGAGCGACAGCGGGCCAUUUCGCUGAAUCUCGAGCCCAAUUCUCACGAUGGCCAGAUUUCCAGAUCGCUCGAGUCGCUCUCGUCUGGCAUCGAGGCACUGGAAGCAAGACCUGAUUCCACCUACGCCCAAGACCUCCCCCGGCUGAAAUCCCAACUCUCCGCCCUCCAAUCCCAAUUCCACGGCUUCGGCCACUCUCCUGACGCAGCCCUCACAUCCCCAAACUCAUCCUCUCUCGCGCCCGACUUCGCCGCCGCGCAAAAGCCCGCCAGCAAAUCUGUCCGCUUUACCGAUGCUUCUUCCUCUUCUUCACCUCCAACCCCAGCAUCUCCGGAUCCGAAUCGAGCUGCACUUUUCCCCGCCCGCUACACGGAUGAGCCUUCAGAGCCCUCGGCCGUAGACGCCCAGGCCUACUUGUCAAAUGAACAAAUCCACAUGUAUCACCAGGGCGUGAUACAAGAGCAAGACGAGCAACUCGACACACUCGGACGCUCAAUUGGGCGACAGCGCGAGCUGAGCAUGCAGAUCGGCAACGAGCUGGACGACCACGUCAUGCUGCUGGAAGACGUCGAGGAGGGCGUGAACAGACAUCAGAGUACGUUGAACCGGGCGCGCUCGAACCUGGACAACUUUAGCAGAAAAGCAAAGGAUAAUUGGAGUCUGUCGCUGAUUGUAGUGUUGAUUGUGAUAUUGGUGUUGUUGAUUGUCAUUUUCAAAUAGCUGGCGUUGUGUGUGUCGGAUUGUCUGCUUUUUGGGGGCGUUUGCUGCAGCGACGUUUUUAUGGGUGAUGGCAUGCUGUCUCUAGCAUUUGCUAUAUACGUACAUAUAUCAGAUUUAAGGCAAUGUGCAGUAGUCAUUUUCAUCCGCCUAUGAAUAUAAAGCGCGCGUCUGCAUGGGCAUGGU